GUGCCAGUUUCUUGUCCCCAAGGUGUCCCCGUGCCACCUCAGUGCCAUCUCCAUGGCUUCACGUCAUCCCCAUGUCAUCAGACUGCCAGUUCCUUGUCCCCAACGUGUCCCCAUGUCAGCCUGGUGGCAUCUCCAUGGCUUCACGUUAUCCCCAUGUCAUCACGGUGCCAGCUCUGUGUCCCCAGGGUGUCCCCAUGCCACCCCGGUGCCAUCUCCAUGGCUUCACGGCAUCCCCAUGUCAUCACGGUGCCAGCUCCUUGUCCGCAGGAUGUCACCGUGUUGUCCUCAUGCCAGUCCCGUGUGCAGCUCCGUGUCCCCAAGCACUGGGCCAUCCCCAUGUCACCUCCGUGUCCCGAGGCCCCUCAUCGUCCCCGUGCCACCCCCCAUCCCCAUGCCACCCCUGUGUCCCCCUGUGUCCCCAUGCCACCCCGUGUCCCCAUGCUCCAUGUCAUCCCCAUGCCACCAUGUCCCCUCUGUGUCCUUGUGCCACCCCCGUGUCCCCAUGCCCCUCAUUGUCCCCGUGUCCCCCUCCGUGUCCCCAUGGCAGCUGGUGCCCCCCCCACCCCCCCGCACCAGCCACCAUCCCCAUGUCCCCCCAUGUCCCCCACAUGUCCCCACAUCCCCCAUG